AUGAAUAACACAGAUUUAAAAAUUUUAAUUGAUGAUUUAGUACUUAAUCAAAAAUUUCUUAGUUAUUACGAUUUAAAAGCAUAUCUCCAAAAAUAUAAUAAAAAUAUAACGGGUGAUGAUAUGGAUUAUUAUUAUUCAUAUUAUAAAAAUGAAAUUUUGAAAUAUCAUGAUAAAAUAAUUUCUAAAAUUAAAGACAAAAUUAAAAAUAAUGAAUAUAGAAAGGGAAAAACUAAAUCACAACUUAAACAAUUGAAAGAUUUCAAAAAUAAAGUAUUAACAGAAGAAGAUAUUGAUGAAUUAUAUAAAUUAUAUAAUCCUGAGCCGCAAAAGCCAAAGGAACAAAAACAAAAGAUGCAAAACACCCAGGUCCUUCAGACCAUAAACGAUGCACAAGCUUUAAUUUAUGAUUCAUUAGUUAAACCACAUUCAGCCCGACUUUUAAAUGAAGAUCAACUUUUGGAAUUCAUCCUUCAACAUAAACUCGAAGCAGGAAAGUAUAUCAAACUUUUAUAUACAGCAUAUUUAAAACAAAUGAAUAGAAUACAUCCAGAAUUAAUGAAGGAAGGAAUGAAAUCCAAAAUCAAAGCAGAUAAAAUUAAACCACUUACAACACCAAAACCCCCAACGACAGUACCUCUCCCUCCUUCAGUUAAUCCUUCAUCAUUCACUUUAUUAUAUCCAUUUCAAACAUUUAAGAAGCAAAAAGAUUUUAAAAAGGAUUUCAAGAUAUUAAAUAAACCAAUUGACCCAAAAAUUCAACCGUUAAAGGAAAAAUUUAGUCGCCCUUCAUUUGCACCAUAUCCAUAUUCAUACGAAAUCGAUCAUCUGGAAUAUUCAAAAGGAAAAGUUACUUAUUUAUUUGCCAUUAACAUUAACACUAGAUAUUUAUAUUGCAUUCCAGUGAAAGGGAAAACAGAACAGGAAACAAGAAGAGCUAUUCAAUACUUACUAGAUCAUGAAAGAGUAGAUAAUAUCAGGGGUGAUGGUGAUAAAGGAUUUCAGGCAGUUAUGACUCAUUAUUUCCCACAAAUUAAUUUUUACUUCUCAUCCUCUCCAUAUACGUUUCAUAAUAAAAUAGUUGAUGCGGUAAUGAGAACUCUUAGAGAUGCGUUAGGGGUUAACGGUCAGAUAUACUGGGAUGGAAAUCAUGACUCCAUCAUACAGCAGUUAG